CGGAGCUGGCGGCGUUGCAGAGGAGGCGGCACGGCCGCAGCAGAGCCGGGGCUGAGGGGCACAGCGAGGCUCGGCCGGCGGAGCGGCGGCAUGCGGCGGUGUCGGGGCGCGGGGCUGGCGGCUCUGCCCGCGCUGCUGCUGCUCGUGGCUAUGGCCAGAGCCCAGAUAGAGCAGGAGCCGUCAUUGGAGACCACCGAGGGCACCGGCAUCAACAUCACCUGCUCACAUCCCAAAAUCCAGACCUUCGACUGGAUCCAGUGGUACCGACAGCUCCCGGGCCAGGCACCCAAACUCCUCGCACUCACUAUGAAAGAGUCGAAAGAGCUGCCGGACGACCUGGGCCAGCUGUGGGUGUCGGCAGAUCGGCGCUGGAGCGCGCUGCGGCUCGGCUGGCCCCGGCGCGGGGACGCGGCCGUGUAUUACUGCGCGCUGGGCCACGGGCAGAGGAGCCGGGGCUGCGGCCGGGCACGAACCGGCGCGGGCGGGGCCGGGCGGGGCCAGCAGGGGGCGCUGCCGCUCCGGCCGCCGGGGCCGCCUCGCCCCGCUCGGCCCGGGAUCCCGGGGCGCUGCCGCAAUGGGACCGAUGCCGAUACCGACUUCAAAAUCCACACCGGCACCGAGUCACCGACCAUCUUGAGCGUCGGAGUGGUCCAAAGGUCGUCUGGAUUUGGGGAUUAG